AUGACGUACAUUGAAGAAACAUCCAAUCAGGCCGCGCGAGCUCGUAUCUUCGCCGCUUCUGCGGAUUGGGUAUGGGGAACAGCCAUCCUGAAACGCGGAUCAGCCCUCUUAAGACAGGCAGAGAUGACGACGCCCAAGAGAAUACUCCGUAUACUAUGGAUGACAGUGGAAUCCCGAUGCCUUCUUUCACGAGGAGGUGGCACGGGAAAGCCAAGCUCCAAGACGCCCUUCACGAGUACGGAGUACAAGUUGACAGCGAGCCUGAUCUCCUCAGCAGCUGCUUUCAUGGUGACUCUUGGUGACACCUUGGGAAGUGAAAUGGACCUAUAUGGAAGGGAUCAUAUAUAUGUAUACGUGUACCGCUAUCGAAACGCCCAAUAA